AUGGCUACAAACUCGAUAUACCAGUACUCCCUCGUCAAUGCGCUGAUGAGUGGUGUUUCCAGCCAGGGUAUUACUACAAGUCGCUUACUAGAAAAGGGAAAUCAUGGUCUCGGGACGUUUGUGCGCAUGAAUGGCGAGCUCAUUCUCCUUGAUGGAACGAUCUAUCAGCUACAAGCUGGUGGCCAAGUCAGAAUCGCGGACCCUAAUGACGAGAUUCCCUACGCAAUAGCGACACAUUUUGAGCCACAACAAACUCAUGCUGUCAAACUCGAGACCAAAACGUCCGUUGAUGACACGUUGGAGACCUUCGCCAAACAAACCAAUAAUCUUUUUGUCUCAUACCGUGUCGAUGGUGUCUUCCGCUCGAUAAAGUGCAGGACCGUCAAAGGCCAAGAAUACGACAAUCAACCACUCUCCGAACUUGGAAAGACUCAAGCUGUUGCGGACUACGAAAAUAUCAAGGGAACAAUCGUCGGGUAUCGCGUUCCGGAGAUUUGGCAGGGUAUCUUUGUAGCGGGAGAACAUAUGCACUUUAUCAGCGAGAAAAGAGACGUUGGAGGACAUGUACUGGAGUUGUCGACUGGAGGAUCUGAAGUACAGCUCGGUCUUGCGGUGAUCAAGGAUAUCCAUAUCGAACUACCAACCUCAGCAAACUUCAAUGCUGCUAUCCUCAAGACUGAUGACCAAGGCCUGAAGUCGGUGGAAGGUUAA